AUGCUUCAAAUGGGCAUCAUCCGUCAGUCUGAAAGCCCAUGGGCCUCACCCCUCCACAUGGUUCCAAAGGCCGCCACUGGUGACUGGCGCCCCUGCGGUGAUUACAGGGCCCUGAACAACCUUACUGUCCCGGACCGCUACCCUGUCCCACAUCUUCAGGAUUUUGCCGGUGCCCUAUUUGGCAAGUCUGUAUUCUCGAAGAUCGAUCUGGUCCGUGCUUUCCACCAAAUUCCCAUAGCCCCAGAGGACGUUUCGAAGACGGCCGUUACCACCCCCUUUGGCCUCUUUGAGUUCCUGCGCAUGCCGUUUGGACUUCGCAACGCCUCCCAGACCUUCCAAAGGUUCGUAGACAGAGUGCUUCGCGGCUUACCGUUUGUCUACGCCUAUAUCGACGACCUUCUGGUAGCCAGCUCCACCGCCGAAGAGCAAAUGGAGCAUCUGGCAACGGUGUUUGACCGCCUUCAACAAUUUGGCGUUGUUCUCAACCCGUCAAAGUGCGUCUUCGGUGUGCCCUCCCUAGAAUUUCUCGGUCAUCUGGUCGACUCCCACGGCAUUCGGCCUCUUCCCUCAAAGGUUGCCGCCAUUCGGGACUUUCCACCCCCUACCUCGAAGCGUCAGUUGCAACGGUUUCUUGGUAUGGUGAACUUUUAUCGCCGGUUUCUCCCGAACUGUGCCGAUACCCUCCUACCUCUGACCAGUCUCCUCUCUGGUUCUAAGCGCACCUUUGAACUUACAUCAGCCGCACUCACUUCAUUUGAGCAGGUAAAAGCUCUUCUGGCUGACGCCACCCUCCUGACUCACUUCCACGCUGAUGCACCCAUAUCUUUGAUGGUCGAUGCCUCCAAUGUUGCUGUUGGCGCGGUUCUUCAACAAAGUCUGCCGGAUUCUACCGUGCCUUUGGCUUUCUUCUCCAAGAAACUAUCCAAAGCCGAAACCCGCUACAGCACAUUCGGACGUGAACUUCUCGCCGCUUAUCUUGCCGUAAGGCACUUCCGACAUUUACUCGAAGGUCGAGAGUUCACAAUUUUCACUGAUCAUAAGCCACUCACGUUUGCAAUACAUUCCCACUCUGACAAGCUAAGCCCCCGGGAGAUCCGUCACCUGGACUACAUUUCGCAGUUCACUUCAGACAUCCGCCAUAUUGACGGGUCAAGGAAUGAGGUGGCUGAUGCUCUGUCCAGGCCCUCUAUUGCUCAUCUUCAGCUUUCACCCGGGAUAGACCUCGCUGAGAUGGCCGCUGAACAACGCCGUGUCGGUCCACCCUGUGAUGAGGAUGUUUCCGGACUCCAACUUCAGGAACUACCACUGACGACUGGCAACGGCACCAUUUUAUGCGACGUAUCCACCCCUUCCCAUCGUCCAUUUGUGCCACCAUCCCUCCGCCGUAAAGUUUUCUCCUCCCUGCACAAUCUCUCUCACCCUGGGAGUCGAGCAACCGACAAGCUGGUUUCCGACCGCUUCGUCUGGCCUGGAAUGCACAAGGACCUGAAGGCAUGGACACGGGCGUGUCUCGGCUGUCAACGGAAUAAGGUCCGACGACACAACAAAACUCCCAUUGGCACCUUCCCUACUCCGGACGCACGGUUCAGUCAUAUCCACCUGGACAUCGUAGGCCCCCUGCCUCUGUCCAAUGGCUGCUCUUAUCUCCUUACCUGCGUGGAUCGGUUCACCCGGUGGCCGGAAGCUAUUCCACUGCCUGAUGUCGCAGCUCCAACGGUCGUCAAGGCUUUCCUCAGUCGUUGGGUUGCCAUUUUCGGUGCUCCCUCCAUUAUCACGACUGACCGUGGUGCCCAAUUUGAAUCUCACCUCUUCCAGUCUUUACUCUCCUUUUUAGGCUGUACUCGCAUCCGCACUACAGCCUAUCAUCCGGCAGCCAACGGGAUGGUCGAGCGGUUUCACCGUCAGCUGAAGGCCUCCCUACGCGCCGCAGACGAUCCGGAGAACUGGACAGACCACCUCCCCCUAGUCCUCUUGGGCAUUCGCUCCUCCCUCAAGUCGGACCUUGACUGUUCCGCAGCUGAACUGGUGUUCGGCGCCACCGUCCGACUUCCCGGUGAGAUGAUCUCGCCAACCCCACAAGGUGCGGUUGAGGAUCCCACCAACCUCCUGCAUCGCCUCCGGCAAUUCCUGCGGACACUUUCUCCGGUUCCGCCCAGGCCAUCCGUCUCCGAAUCUUACCUCGAGAAAGAUUUGGCGACAUGCUCUCACGACUAUCUCCGAUGUGAUCGAGUCCGCCGGCCCCUGGAACCACCCUACGAUGGCCCCUUCCGAGUUAUCUCUCGUGGGACGAAGAACUUCCGCAUCCAACGCGGCACUCGCGAGGAGGUCGUGAGCGUGGACCAUCUCAAAGCUGCCGUCCCGGACACUCCUCCGGAUGAGCCCUGUGGUCCCCUACCCCCUGCUCCGCCUCCCCGACCCUCUAUUCCACCGUCCCGUAUACUUCCUCUGCCCUCAUGUCCACAACUCCCAACUGCAACUACCCCUUCAUCAACAAACAACACUGUAACCGCGAGCCAUACUCACUCUAAUCCUGUGCCCCCUGUAUAUAUCACCCGUAGUGGACGCCAUGUUCACUUUCCUGACCGUUUCGUUACUCAUGUUUUUUAGACAUCAACAGUUCCUUCGGCGCCGCUACGCGCCACCUUCGGUCUAGCCGGGGGGUACUGUGGCGGUUCGCGUCUCUCGCUCUCCGCCUUUGUCACGCUGCCCUCCUGUCCGCCUCACACUCCGUGUCGAUACGCUCCUGGGACGCGCGAGUGCUCAAAAGCCAAUCAACGCUGUCCCAACUCUGAUUGGCUGGCGGACGUGGAGACAACAAAGGGCGCACACACGCGCUGA